AUGGCCUGCUACAACCGCUGCAGUCCCUGCGGACCCACCCCGCUGGCCAACAGCUGCAACGAGCCCUGUGCCCUGCAAUGCCAGGAUUCCCGCGUCAUCAUCGACCCUUCCCCUGUGCUGGUCACCCUGCCAGGACCCAUCAUGACCUCCUUCCCCCAGAACACCGCCGUCGGAUCCACCUCCUCCACUGCCGUGGGCACUGAGCUCAGUGUGCAGGGACAGCCCAUCUCUGGGGGAUUUGGUGGCUUUGGUGGCUUUGGUGGCUUUGGUGGCUUUGGCUACGGCCUUGGCUAUGGCCGUGGAUUUGGCUAUGGCUGUGGAUUCGGCUACGGGCAGGGCUAUGGCUACGGCCUUGGCUGCUAUGGCAGAAGGGGCUAUGGCUACAACUACUAA